AUGAUUAAAAACCCUGAAGCCCCCGUGAUACUCCCCCUCCGUCCUUAUGGGCCAAUGAUAGACGAUGGCCAUGGAGGAGAAAUGCAAACCUACCAGUAUUGGCCUUUGUCCUCUUCAGACCUAUGUAACUGGAAAAAUAACAAUCCCCCUUUUUCCGAGGACCCCACCCAGCUCACAGGUCUGAUUGAGUCACUGAUGUUUUCACACCAGCCUACUUGGGAUGACUGCCAACAACUCCUAGGCACUCUCUUCAUGACAGAGGAACAAGAGAGAAUCCUCCUGGAAGCUAGAAAAAAUAUCCUCGGACCAGAUGGGCGACCGACACAACUUCCCAACAUAAUCGAAGCCGACUUCCCCUUGAACCGACCCAACUGGGACCCCAACACCUUUGAAGGUAGGGAGCAUCUGUCCACUUAUCACCGGGCUCUAAUAGUGGGUCUCUGAGAGGCCGCUAGGCAACCAACUAAUUUGGCCAAGGUAAGAGAGAUUAUUCAAGGGCCUGAUGAAUCUCCCUCUAUGUUUCUAGAGAGAAUUAUGGAGGCAUAUAGGAGAUAUACUCCUUUUGAUCCUCAGGCAGAGGAUCAAAAGGCAUCUGUCAUGAUGGCCUUUAUUGGGCAAGCUGCCCUGGAUAUUAAAAGAAAGUUACAAUGCUUAGAUGGAUUACAAGACAUGACUUUGAGAGAUUUGGUCAGAGAAGCCAAGAAGGUAUACUAUAAGAGAGAAACUGAAGAAGAGAAGGAACAAAGGAGGGAGAAAGAAAAGGAGCAAAGGGAGGAUGAGAGAAGCAAAAGACAGACUAAGACAUUGACUAAGGUCCUGGUCACAACAACAAAUAGGCCAGAAAUUAAGAAACAGGGAGACAGGAAGGGAUACCUGGGCCCACGCCAGAGGCCACCUCUGGCCUCAGACCAAUGUGCCUACUGUAAAGAAAAAGGACAUUGGGCCAAAGAGUGCCCUAGAAAGAGACAGCCAUGCCAGCCAGCCAUUCUAACUCUGGAGGAUGACUAGGAAAGUCGGGGCUCGGAUCCCCUCCCCGAGAUCAGGGUAACUUUUGAAGUGGAGGGGACCCCAGUAAACUUUGAGGUGGAUACAGGGGCAGUAUACUCAGCCCUUAAGGCCCCAUUGGGCCCUCUAUCAAAUAAAAGGUCUCUAUUUCAAGGGGCUAACGGCAGUAAAUAUCGGGCUUGGACAACUAAGAGGACCAUGGACCUGGGGAAAGGAAAAGUCCAUCACUCCUUCCUAGUGAUCCCAGAAUGUCCGGCCCCAUUGAUGGGCAGAGAUCUGCUCACCAAGCUCCAGGACAAAAUAACUUUUAACCCUGAAGGCCCCCAAUUGGAAUUUCUAAAUCCUUCAGUAAAAACUCCUAUAGUCAAGGCUUUAACUAUGUCAGUAGAAGAUGAAUAUCAACUCUUUACACCCCCCAAGGCUGAUCAAACAGGCAAGCUACCCCAGAAAUGGAUAACAGAUUACCCAGAUGCCUGGGCAGAAACUGCUGGAGAUCUCAACAACUUCAGAACUACGCACCCCAAAGUCACCCUGCUUCAAUAUGUGGAUGACCUGCUACUGGCAGCUGACACCAAGGAAAACUGUGAGUCUGGGAUCCAAGCACUAUUAUCCGAGCUUGCUCAACUCGGACUUAAAGCUCUUGAAAGAACCCAGCGAUACCUGUGGAAACAGCUGGCCACUGCCUACCAACCUGGGGACGAAGAGACUCCACACCGAUAUCAAGUGGGAGACUUCGUCUAC